UUGGCAGCGCAGGGACGAGGGAGGGGGGGGAACCCGAAUGGAAGCCAUCGGCGAAGCAUAAUCGACUCAGUCGAGUUUUAAAUAGCUAAGUACUUAACAAUUCGAGAAUUACACCUUUAAAAACAAGCAUCGUUAUUGGCACCGGUGUUGCGAAAAUCGUUGCAUUGCUUGAAGUCACCGCAGCCGGCUUCGCUUCGAGUAGUUGGUGCCUUGUUUAUAUUGUGCGGGGAGGUUUUAGAGAAGAGGCCCUGUCGGUGCGAGUGGAAAGAAGCGGCCGUCUCCGGAGUGUGACUGAAGCGGCUCGGCCUUCUCCAGCGGCAGAUAGAGAAUAUGAAACAGGCGUCACAAUGACAUCACGAUUUGGUAAAACCUACAGUCGCAAGGGAGGGGACGGGAGCUCCAAGUUCGAUGAGAUAUUUUCUAACAAGAAGGCCACCCUCAGCACCAAAUGGGGGGAGACAACGGCCACGGUGGGCUCCAAGAGGCUGGGCUUCCGGCCCGAGGUAAGCGAGCUUCCCAAAAAGCCCCGUCGCGUGGACGAGGACAGCUCCGAGGAUCCCUUCGGCUUCGACAGCGAUGACGACUCGAAGCCCGUCACCUCACGCAACAUUGCCCAGCCUCGGGCCCCGCCCGCUGAGCCAAGCUGCGCCGAGAGGCCGCGUACCCCACUCGGGGCCAACAGCAGAGUGGCUCCGUCAGCCAGCAUAGAGGCCUCUCCCCCCGGUUGGGAUGCCGCCAUCUUGGAUGGUGACAAGGACACCAGCAACUGGGCCUUUAACAGCAAUACAGGGAGGACGUGGUCGAGUGAGGGAGCGGCGAAGGACAGCUAUUCCUGGUAUAAAAACGCCUCGGAAAGCGACAAGAAGCCCACCUCCCAGAGUACCACGCUAAAGACUGAGGCCCGGGAUCCGCUGGGCAACUGGAACUCUGUGGCCGGUCUGUCGGUGUCGUCCAGCUCCGAGCCGGUGGACCCGGCGUCCGCGUGGAAGGUGGGCGACGGGCGGGGCGGGGGGGACGUGGCCUCGGACCCGUGUGGGGACUUCCUUGGCGUAGGGGAGAGCGGGGAGCCCGGGACGGGCGACAGCGAGGUGCCGGCUGAGGAUCCUUCGCAGGGGCUCACCCGCCCCCCCAACUGCAGGACGUACCACCGGCCCAACAAGGCCAGACAGGCCACUGGCGCAGAUGGCAAACCCCUGUCCAGCUCCGGGUCCCUCAGGGUCAGCGGCCAGGCGGACGGCACCCCCAGAGGCCGGACGCGGGACUACACCGUGCUGCACCCAUCCUGCCUGUCCGUCUGCAACGUCACCAUCCAGGACUCCAUGGACAGGGGCAUGGAGGAGUUCACCUCCACGACGGCGCCUGCUGACCUGGGAGAGGCCGGCCGUCUGAGGAAGAAGACGGAGGCGGCGGCCGCCAAACCUGCCAGAUUCCGGCCCGCACAGAGCAAGUCCAAGAAGGAGACCAAGCUGGAUUUCUUCGGGUUCGAGGAAAGCGAGGGCCAGGAGGCCGACGGGGAUCCCGCCGCGUCAGGCAGUGCCACAUACAAGAUCAAGUACUUCGGCUUCGACGACCUGAGCGAGAGCGACAGCGAUGAGGAGGACGAGGGCUCGCUCGCCGCCGAGAAGAAGAGGGCCAAGAAGAAGGCGGCGGCGGCUGCGGCUGCGGCUGCGGCGGCCGUCACCGAGGCGACACUGGCCACACCCCUCAGCGCUGACAGCCAGGACAGCCAGGCCAGCACUAACACGGAUGUCUCAGAGUACCCAGAGGAUUCCUGUCCAGUGGCACCUGGAGCACAGAAGAGGUCCCAGGGGAAGCAGUCCGAGAAAUCCAAGGAGAGCAGCCGGAAGAUAUUCAGCGGCCCCAAGAAGUCCCCCACCAAAGCCGUCUACAACGCCAGACACUGGAACCAGCCGGAACCGGAGGAUCUGCCGCCGCCCCUGUCCCGUUCGAAGACUGCCCCGGCCAGUCUGUCGGGGGGCAGCAAGGAGACCAACUCCCACAAAAAGGACGAGGGGGUGUUCAAGUCGCCGCUGCCGCCCUCCAAAGUCAUCAAGUCGGUGACCUUCCCCACGGAGCCGUACCAGGACAUCGUCACGGCCCUGAAGUGCAGGAAGGAGCACAAGGAGCUGUACACCGUCGUCCAGCAUGUGAAGCAUUUCAAUGACGUGGUUGAGUUUGGCGAGAACCAGGAGUUCACGGACGACUUCGAGUACCUGGCCACGGGCCUUAAGAGUGGCCAGCCGCUCAACACGCGCUGCCUUAGUGUCAUCAGCCUGGCCACGAGGUGUGCCAUGCCCAGCUUCAGGAUGCAUUUGAGAGCCCGGGGGAAGGUCGCCCAGGUGUUCAAGACCUUGAACGAUGCCCCUCAACACCCGAACCUGGCCCUGUGCACGGCCUCCCUGAUGUACAUCCUCAGCCGCGACCGGCUCAACAUGGACCUGGACCGGGCUAGCCUGGACCUGAUGAUCCGGCUCCUGGAGCUGGAGCAGGACUACAGUGCCGAGGACCAGAUGACGGCCAAGGAGAUGAGCCGAGUCAAGGAGAAGAUCCGUAAGCUGUGUGAGAGGGUGCACAACAAGCACCUGGACCUGGAGAACAUCACGACGGGACAUUUAGCCAUGGAGACACUGCUGUCUCUGACCUCGAAGCGGGCAGGCGACUGGUUCAAAGAGGAGCUCCGACUACUGGGGGGGUUGGACCACAUUGUGGAUAAAGUGAGGGAGUGUGUGGAUGACCUGGGUCAGGAAGACGACAAGGAGAACCUGGUUGCCUCGCUGUGGGGAGCAGAGCGGUGUCUGCGAGUCCUGGAGAGUGUGACGGUUCACAAUCCGGAGAACCAGGGCUACCUAAUCGCCUACAAGGAGUCACAGCUCAUCAUCUCGUCUGCCAAGGGCCUGCGGCACUGCGAGGCAAUGAUCCAGCGCUACAGCCGGGAGGUGAGUGGCGACCGUGGCAGCAACGUGGGCAAGGCUGUGGAGGACUGCAUGCGGGCCAUCAUCGGGGUGCUGCUCAACCUGACCCACGACAAUGAGUGGGGGAGCACAAAGACCGGUGAGCAGGAGGCUCUUAUCGUGACGGCGCUGAACUGCGUGCUGAAGGUCCCACAGUACCUACCUCAGGAGCAGCGCUUCGACAUCCGCGUGCUGGGCCUGGGGCUGCUCAUCAACCUGGUGGAGUACAGCGCCAGGAACCGUCACUGUCUAGUGGAGAUGGAGUUGGAGUCCAGUGCGCCCUUCGACUCGGUGUGUCUGGCCGAAGGUGAGGAGCUCCGGGCUGUGGGAUCCUCGAGCGCCAUCGCUGUCCUGGUGCAGCUGUUCCUCCAGAGGGAGCGGGCGGCGGUGCUGGCGGAGGCCGAGACCGACGACUUCAUCAACGACGCGCCCAAACCGCAGCUGGAUCAGAGCGGCGAGUGGCAGGAGACGUCCGGCGAGAUCCAGUGGGUGGCGUCCGAGAACGACGACGACGUCGGCAAGACCGACAAGAAGGAGGAGGAGGAGGAGGAGCUGGACCUCAACAAAGCUCUGCAGCAUGCUGGGAAGCACAUGGAGGACAGCAUUGUGGCCUCCUACACCGCACUGUUACUGGGCUGCCUCUGCCAAGGGAGUCCCAUGAAUGUGACUACUGUGCGAGAGAACCUACCCAAGGGGGAUUUCUCCAUCAUGACAGAAAUGCUCAAGAAGUUCUUGAAUUUCAUGAACCUUACGUGUGACGUUGGCACCACAGGACAGAAGUCCAUCUCCCGGGUCAUCGACUAUCUGGAGCACUGUUAGCGGCUGGGCUCGGCGCCGGAGGAAGCUGGGGCCGUCUGGCUGGGAAGAGGACGCCGCGUGGGGGGUG